GCGCAUGAGCGUAGUAUGGGUGGUGCCCUAUCUCUGAAUUGGUUAAGAGAGGACGGACGAGGGCGGAGCUAUGUCAGCGAUUGGGCAGCGGAGAUCGGUGGGAGUGUAGAUAGGACAACUGGGCUGUUCUCUACGGUGGGACGGGUUGUGUGGCUAAGGUUGGAAAACUGUCAGCUGGGGCACCCCUGGACCGGACGAGGAGCCAUGUCCUCCUCGUCGGUGGCGACCGCUGGUGGAGCGGCCCUUCGCCGCGAUGGAAAGAAGCUGGUGCGCUCGCCCAGCGGGCUGCGCAUGGUCCCUGAGCACCGGGCCUUCGGAAGCCCCUUUGGCCUCGAGGAACCGCAGUGGGUCCCGGACAAGGAGUGCCCAAGAUGUAUGCAGUGUGACAUCAAGUUUGACUUCAUAACCAGAAAGCACCAUUGUCGCCGCUGUGGGAAGUGCUUCUGUGAUAAAUGCUGCAGCAAGAAAGUCCCCUUGCCUCGGAUGUGCUUUGUGGACCCUGUACGACAGUGUGCAGAGUGUGUGCUCGUGUCUCAGAAAGAAAUGGAGUUUUAUGAUAAGCAACUCAAGGUGCUUAUGAAUGGAGCUACUUUCUGUGUAACAAUAGGAACAUCAGAAAAAUCUGAACUGUUGGUCUGUCGUCUUUCUAAUAACCAGAGAUACCUGUUUCUGGAUGGAGAGAUCCAUUAUGAAAUUGAAAUUGCUCAAAUUUCAACUGUUCAGAUACUAACCGAGGGCUUUACUCCUGGAGAUAUUCACACUUAUACCAGCCUUCUGGAGAGCCAACACAUUACCGAAGGAGGAAACACUCGUGCCACUGGUAUGCUGCUCCAGUACAAGGAGCCAGGGGCUCAAGAUGUGACCCAGAUGAAAUUCACUGCCAGUGAAGACUCUAACUCUAACAAAAAGCAGUCAACCACCUGGUUAGCUGCCAUGCACAAGGUACUUUGUAAAGCACUCAUUUUCCUUCCAGCUGGUUAGCUGGUGCCUACCAGAAGGUUUGGAGGGCAUUAUACAAAGUCCCUUGGAAAAAACUGAAUUUAAAAGAAUAAUACUUCUUCCUAGAUGCUGCCCUCCACCUCCACCCCCAACGCCCUCAAAAAGCCUUGGUCAAAAUGAGGUUUUCUGGUUAUCUUUUUUUCAAAAUAAAGGGGAUUUUCCAAAUGAGAGCUAGUUGUCACCUACUAAAACAACAACAAAAGGAUUAAGAGAAUUCUCCUGCCUGCUAAGAGCUAAAGUCAUUGCAAUAUCCAGGGGAGGAAGAAAUCCUGUCUUGCCAUGUCUCAGUAUGUUAGAGAAGAUAAGAAAUAGCAGCUUAGGACAUGGAGUAGUUAAUUCUGGGCAGAGUAAACAGGCUUUUCAUUCUUCUAGUCACCAGGCGAGGCAAGAUAGCUGCCCAUCCAAGGAAAUGGGGUCCCUUGCUUACAGAGAAACAGGCCAGUUGAGAAUUCAGUGAAUCAGGACAAACCUGGGCCUGAUUUGAAAUCCCGUAAUAAAUAAUAAGGUCAAGGUCCCUGGUUUCUAGUGGUUUAAAUUCUAAGUCCAGUUGAUCCGGGGAGUUUCUUGUUCAGUAAAAACAAGCCUUUCUCUGUUCAUUCAUUUCAAAAGGAAAUGGAACUUAAUCUGAUACUUUCAAAAGUUUUUUGUUUGUGUGUUUUGUUUUUGUUUUUGUAAAAAAGAACAUAGUGAAGCCAAGCAUCCUUCUUCUGGAGCAGUUUUGAUGCUAGUUACAGCCAUGGGCAGUGGAUAGAGCUAAGCCUGGAGUCAGCAAGACUCAAGUUCAAAUGACCCUAGCUGUGCCACAGGGCAAUCACUUAACCUGUUUGCCUCAGUUUCCUCAUCUGUAAAAUGAGCUGGGGGAAGGAAAUGGCAAAUCACUCCAGUAUCUUUGCCAAGAAAACCCCAGAUGGAGUCACAAAGAGUAACCAAAAACAAUGUGUGUUGAGACCUUUUCUGGUACUAAAAUUUUUUAACUCAAGUGUAUCGUAAACCCCCCCCCCCCCCCAGUUGUUGUUUUAUUUUUUUGGGCAAUUAAAUCAUUGUAAAGAUAGCUGGUGACCAGAGUCACCAACUUAUCACCAGAAUGUUCUUAAAAGAUCUCAUGUCCUUUCCUUCACUGCUAUCAUGUCAAUAGUAUAGUUGCCCUAUGUUACAGAAAUUGUCUGAGGGAAAAUGACUUGUCUAAUAUAAGUGAAUUGUAGAGCCAAGAUCUUACUCUCAAGUCUACUCUUUCUCCUAUUCCAACCUCAGGAUCCUUAAUGUGUCUUCAUAUUCCUUUGAGCACCUACUAGAAAGCCUCACAUAUAGUGGGUUUGUUGAAUGACCAGAAGAAAUAUAUAUGAGGCCCUCAAAGUCACUAAAGCCUGGGCAUCAUUCAAGGAACUGGCCCUAUCCCCCUACGGCUCUCUUUAUAAAGUCUAGGAAGGAAGCUUAGAGGUCAUCAAGACCAAGCUCUCUCAAUUUAGAUAUGAGGAAACUGAGCAGCAUUGCCCCAAGUCAUACCGUAGCAAAGUUGAUAUGUGUUCAUAGGAAGUCUUUAUUGAAUAAAAUACCUAAGUAUUGAUUGGGCUCUGAGAUAGGAUGUGAAUAUGCUGGUUGGCAAUAAUAACCCUUAAUCAGCUUUUCCCAAAUGGCAUGUUAGCUUGCUGCUGUGUUUCAGAAGUGAAACAUUGUCUAAGUCGGUUCAGUUAUAUAUAUUAUAUACACACACAUAUGUAUAUAUGAAGAGGUUGAAUUUCUGCAUGGGACUUGGACUGUUCAUGACAGCAAAUAUUCUGCUUAAUAUUAAGCAAACCUUUAGUUUGUUGUCCAUACACUAAAGAGUGUGAAAAGACAUAGAGAUAUCCAGAGAUACUGAGUUUUGCCCUUCUUGCUUAUAAUUCUCCUGACCUCAGCGUUGUUAAAUAUAUCCAUUGCCUUUACUCUUCUUUCUUUGCAAUAUAGGCAGCCAAACUGCUCUAUGAAUCUCGGGACCAAUGAUCACGGAAGUGCUUGUGGAGCUCUAGGAAACUUCCUCUCUGUUCACAGCUGAUUAAGUCUUUAAGUGCUGGGAAAUGCAAUCACAGUGUUUGGAAAAACCUAAGUGUUCACUGAUCUAGUGCAAUAUGUAUACAGUUUAUUAAUGUUUUAAAUGCAGCUUCACAUUUGACUUUUGUAUACCUUAUCUCACUGGUACUUAUUAUGGGCUAAGAAUCUGACCCAUACUACUAUUAAACUAUCAAGUAUUUUUGGCAUAAUCGGUAUGAUGUUUAUAUUAAUAUAUAUUGGGUUUACUAUAUAGAGUACUUGCAAGUAGGCCAUUUCAAUGUCCUUUUUUGCAUUCUUCUACAAAACUGGAGCUUAUGGGAGGAAAUCUCUUGGGAUUUUUGCUUUAUAUUUGGAGGUGCAAUGUCCUGAUGUUGAGCUAUCCAUUGCCAAUAAAACCUGCCUUAGAUUGUUUUCUAUAAUGUUCUUUUACGAUGUCACUAACUGGACCCAAACAAACAUUUGAUACUGAGGGCAAAGUUUGUAGUUUUUAUGGUCCAGGUUUUAUACUUUUCACCUGAUUGUACAGAAAUUUGUGUAUAAAACAUGAUUAAAAACUAUUUUGAAAAAUUCA